AUGGCGUCGAAGAAGUACGCCUUCCUCCCGAUGGAGGACGACGAGGUCGGCCCCACGAAAGUGGUCAAGGAAAAGAAGAAGCACAAGUCGCGCCACCGUGAUCGCUCGCAUGACAGAGACAGGGACCGCAGUCGUGAUCGUGGCGAAAGGACGUCCCGGCGUCGCUCGCGCGAACGAUCUCCCGCUCGCCCUUCCAAACAGUACCGUAAAAGAGACACGGACCACGAUGACAGGUGGGCGGACGAGGAGCCGCCCUCAGAUGACGAUGUUGAUGGUAACGACGACGAGCCUGAUUUCCAAGAGUCGGCGUCGAAGCGCGUCAAGCUCAGCCACGACGACCGCGAACGAGAUCGAGACGAAGACUUGUCGGACGGUGCGCGCGAGGAGCUGGAGCGCCAGCGGGAUAUCGAAGAGCGAGAGGCGUUUGCGAAACGGUUGAAGGAUAAGGAUGACAAGAGGUCCAAGGGCACAGAGAGCAGGAGGAUGCCGGAGGGCUCGGACCGCAAGGCGACGAUGGAGGAGCUGAGGAUGAAGAGUCGACAGUCGUACCUUGGAAAGAGAGAGGCCGAGAAGCUUGCUCUGCUGCGGAAACAAGUCGCCGAGGAGACGGCGGAACUGAGGAGCGGCGCGCGGCUGUCUGAACGAGAAAAGGCCGAGUUUGCCAAGAACCGUGAAGUCUUGCGGUUGGCGGAGGAGCGACUCAAGAUCGACGACCACAAGGACGGGUACUACAUACCGGAGGACUACAUCACCGAGAAGGGCAAAAUCGACAAGAAGAGAAAGGAGGACGCCAUGUACAAGAGAUACGUGGAAAAGGACGAGUACGGCCAGGAGAAGUUCGUCACAGAGCACGAGGAGUGGGAAAGGGAGCAAGCCACCAAGGCCAAGGCGCAGAUUCAGAGGUCCGAGAGGGAAAACGACGACUACUCCUAUGUUUUGGAUGAGGAGCAGUACAUCCAGUGGAAUCUGGGGUCAAGUUUGCCAGGCGAGGGCAAGCUGACCAAGGAGCAGCAGUUUUUGGCGGCACAAAUUGAGGCCGCCGAGAAGAAGCAACUCUCGAUUCAGGAAACGAGAAAGAGUUUGCCCAUUUACCAAUAUCGGGACGACUUCCUCAACGCCAUCAACGAGCAUCAAAUUCUUGUCAUUGUUGGAGAGACGGGUUCCGGAAAGACGACACAGUUACCGCAGUACCUUCACGAGGCCGGAUACACCAAGAAUGGCCUAAAGGUUGGAUGUACGCAACCCCGUCGUGUUGCGGCCAUGAGUGUCGCGGCGCGUGUGGCGGAUGAAGUGGGCGUCAAGGUCGGCCAGGAAGUCGGUUACUCGAUUCGUUUCGAGGAUAAUACCAGCGACAAGACUAUCUUGAAGUAUAUGACUGACGGCAUGUUGCUGAGAGAGUUUAUGACGGAGCCUGACCUGGCCGGAUAUUCGGCCAUCAUGAUUGACGAAGCUCACGAGAGAACAGUCCACACAGAUAUCCUGUUGGCCCUGGUCAAGGAUUUGGCAAGGGAACGACCCGACCUCAAGCUGCUCAUCUCCUCCGCUACGAUGAACGCUGAGAAGUUUGCGGCGUAUUUCGACGAUGCCCCAAUCUACAACAUCCCAGGCCGAAGAUACCCAGUAGAUAUCUACUACACACCGGCACCGGAAGCCAACUACCUGGCGGCAGCAAUCACCACUGUGUUUCAAAUUCACACGACGCAAGGCAAGGGCGAUAUCCUCGUGUUCCUGACAGGACAGGACGAAAUCGACUCCGCUGAGCAGCAGAUAGCCGACACGGCGAAAAAGCUAGGGAGCCGCAUCAAGGAGCUGGUUAUCUGCCCCAUUUACGCCAACUUACCCUCCGAACUUCAAGCCAAGAUUUUCGAGCCGACGCCCGAAGGCGCCCGCAAAGUCGUCCUGGCCACCAACAUCGCCGAGACAAGUUUGACCAUCGACGGCAUCGUCUACGUCAUCGACCCUGGCUUCGUUAAGGAGAAUGUCUACAACCCGGCUACGGGCAUGGAGAACCUCGUCGUCACGCCCUGCUCACGAGCGUCCGCCAACCAGCGGAGUGGUCGCGCAGGUCGUGUCGGUCCCGGCAAGUGCUUCCGUCUGUACACCAAGUUCGCCUACAUGAACGAGAUGGACGAGUCCCCGAUGCCCGAAAUCCAACGUACCAACCUCAACGGCGUGGUGCUGCAACUGAAAUCGCUCGGCAUCAACGAGCUGCUCGACUUCGAGUUCAUGGACCCGCCUCCGACGGAAGCCCUUAUCGGCGCCCUCAACAACCUCUUUGCGCUCCAGGCGCUCAACCAUAAGGGCGAGCUCACGAAAAUGGGCCGACAGAUGGCCGAGUUCCCGACGGACCCGAUGCUUGCCAAGGCCGUCCUCGCCGCGGACAAGGAGGGCUGCGUGGAAGAAGUGCUCUCCGUCGUGUCCAUGCUCAGCGAGGCGUCGGCGCUCUUCUUCCGGCCCAAGGACAAGAAGAUUCACGCCGACAGCGCGAGAGCGCGGUUCACCGUCAAGGAGGGCGGCGACCACCUCACACUCCUCAACAUCUGGAACCAGUGGGUCGACAGCGAUUACUCGCCCAUUUGGUCUCGCGAGAACUUCCUCCAGCAGCGCUCCCUCACGCGCGCGCGUGACGUACGAGACCAGCUCGCGAAGCUUUGCGAGCGAGUCGAAGUCACCCCAUCAACAUGCGGCUCCAGCAACCUACCGCCCAUCAAGCGCGCCCUGACGGCGGGCUUCUUCCCCAACGCGGCCCGCCUCCAGCGCAGCGGCGACAGCUACCGCACCGUCAAGAAGAACGCCACAGUCUACGUCCACCCGAGCUCCGUCCUCAUGGGCGUCGACCCGCCCGUCAAGAUGCUCGUAUACUUUGAGCUCGUCCAGACGACCAAGGAGUACAUGCGCAGCUGCAUGCCCAUCGAACCCAAAUGGCUCGCGGAGCUGGCGCCUCACUUUUACAAAAAGGGCGACGUCGACGCGAUGGAGGAGAAGAAGAUGCCCAAGAGCCGAAAUUAUGAUCGGUGA